CUAAGCCUGUUGAGAGGAUUUCUCUCCUCUGCCCUGCUUGGGGGAUUAUUGAUUUGGGAGAGAAGCCUGAUUUCCAUGUAAAUAAAUGACGGAGGGCUGGGCUAGGAGGGGAGCAGAAUCAACUGUCCAGAUGCGGCGCCUCUGACUUGCUGACAUCACGGCCUCAUUAGCAUGCAGGGGAUGGGAGCACUGCAACAGCAAUGAUUCUCGCUCAGCAAGCUCCGGAGCUGACAAUUAUUUUACGUGGAUCCUCGUUAAACGUCUCGGGCUUGCGGAGCAGAGUCGCUGCGUUCUCGCCGCCUCCUCGGGUCAUUCAGUGAAGACUGGAGCGGGCAGGGCAGGGCAGGGCAGGGAGGGGAAGGAAAGAGAAGGGAAGGAAAGAGAAGGGGAGGGAAAGCGAGGCAAGGCAAGGCAAGGCAAGACAAGGGAGAGGCGGGGGCUGCUGGAUCCAUUCGGAUCCGCUUGGAAGGGGGCACCGCGGUGAAGCGGGAAGAACCCCCCACGGAGCUGGCAUUCUGAGGGAGGCAGCAGAGGCUUCGGAGCCCCUUGCGAGCCCUAGGCAGACACGGUGCGGCUCCUGCUGCCUGAUUUCUCGGAAGCCACCUUCCACUCCAUACGUGUGGGGCUGCCCGAGGGCUCGGGCAGAACCCUGGGAAGGGGAAACAAGAUGCUUGGGCUCACCGGAUCCUGGUUCGCUCUCUUGGAAGUCGGACACCAGAGGAAAGUAAACUACUGUAGCAACUGACCAGCGUAGGGAAGACUCUGGACGACUGGCUCUUUGGGUUGGCAUCCUCACCCUCACUGUAGGAAGAUCUGUCUGCACUGCAAGUGUCCCCAGGAGGAGCACAUCGUGACGGUGAUGCCUUUGGAAAUGGAGAAGACGGUCAGCAAGCUCAUGUUUGACUUCCAGAGGAACUCCACCUCGGACGAUGAUUCGGGCUGCGCCUUGGAGGAGUAUGCCUGGGUCCCACCAGGGCUGAAGCCUGAACAGGUUCACCAGUAUUAUAGCUGUCUCCCAGAAGAGAAGGUCCCCUAUGUCAACAGUCCUGGAGAAAAGCUGAGGAUCAAACAGCUCUUGCAUCAACUGCCUCCACAUGACAAUGAGGUUCGAUAUUGCAAUUCCCUGGAUGAGGAAGAGAAGAGGGAGCUCAAACUCUUCAGCAACCAAAGGAAGCGGGAGAAUCUGGGCAGAGGAAAUGUCAGGCCAUUCCCUGUCACCAUGACAGGGGCCAUCUGUGAGCAGUGUGGAGGCCAGAUUAAUGGCGGUGACAUAGCUGUGUUUGCAUCGAGAGCCGGGCACGGGGUGUGUUGGCACCCAUCCUGUUUCAUGUGCACAGUUUGUAAUGAGCUCCUGGUGGACUUGAUCUAUUUCUACCAAGAUGGGAAGAUGUACUGUGGCAGGCACCACGCCGAAUGCCUGAAACCACGCUGUGCGGCCUGCGAUGAGAUCAUCUUCGCAGACGAAUGCACAGAGGCCGAGGGCCGGCACUGGCACAUGAAGCAUUUCUGCUGUUUCGAAUGUGAAGCGGUGCUGGGUGGCCAGCGCUAUAUCAUGAAGGAGGGGAGACCUUACUGUUGCCGCUGCUUUGAAUCCCUGUACGCAGAGUACUGUGACGCCUGUGCUCAGCAUAUAGGCAUCGACCAAGGUCAGAUGACCUACGAUGGCCAGCACUGGCAUGCCACAGAAACCUGUUUCUGCUGUGCUCACUGCAAGAAGUCUCUCCUGGGCCGCCCCUUCCUGCCAAAGCAAGGCCAGAUCUUCUGCUCCCGGGCCUGCAGCGCCGGAGAGGAUCCCAACGGCUCGGACUCCUCGGAUUCCGCAUUUCAGAACGCCCGGGCCAAGGAGUCCCGGCGGAGCGCCAAGAUCGGUAAGAACAAAGGCAAGGCUGAGGAGUCCCUGUUGAACCCGUGCGGCCAGAUGCAGGUGACCUCCAACCGCCUCUCGGCCGACGUGGACCCCCUGUCCCUGCAGAUGGAUCUGCUCAGCCUGUCCAGCCAGACGCCCAGCCUCAACAGGGAGCACAUCUGGCGCAGCCGCGAUGAGCUGUAUCACUAUGGCAAUAAGAUGGAGCAGAGCCCGUCCCAGAGCCCCAUGCAGCUCCUCAGCCAGUGCAACAUGAGAACUUCCUACAGCCCGGCUCAGGUGGCCGGGGCGCAGGCUGACAUGUGGGGCAAGCAUUUCAGCAACCCCAAAAGGAGCUCCUCCCUGGCCAUGAAGGGACACGGGGGCAGCUUCAUGAAGGAAUGCCGGGAGGACUAUUACCCAGCCAGGCUGCGCUCCCAAGAGAGCUAUAGCGACAUGUCCAACCAGAGCUUUAGCGAGACCCGAGGAAAUAUCAAAGUCCCCAAGUAUGAGGAGGAGGAAGAGGAAGGUGGCAUGGCCUCACAGCCCUGUCGCACCCGUCAUCCUCUCAGUGCAAUGAAAUACACGGAGGAUCUCACACCCACUGAGCAAACCCCCCGGGGCUCCAUGGAGUCGCUGGCGCUGUCCAACGCAACAGGUCUCUCCGCCGAUGGUGGUGCCAAGCGACAGGAGCAUCUUUCCCGAUUUUCGAUGCCUGAUCUGAGCAAAGACUCAGGGAUGAACGUCUCAGAGAAACUGAGCAACAUGGGGACCCUCAACUCGUCCAUGCAGUUCCGCAGCGCGGAGUCGGUCCGCAGCCUCCUGUCUGCCCAACAGUACCAGGACAUGGAGAGCAACCUCCACCAGCUGUCCACCCCCAUCAGAUACAGGGACCUGCAGUCUCGGGGAAGGAUGCACCAGAGCUUCGACCUGGACGGGGGAAUAUCCAGCAGCAAGCUGCCCGGCCAGGACGGAGCCAGGAUCCAGCCGAUGAGCGAGCGCACCCGCCGGCGGGCCAGCCCUCGGGACGACGGCCGCCGCUUUCGGCCCCACCGCUCCCGGCGCUCCCGGAGAUCUCGUUCCGACAAUGCCCUCCAUCUGGCCAGCGAGAGGGAGGCUAUCUGCCGCUUGAAAGAGCGGCCCCCACUGAGAGCCCGGGAGGACUACGACCAGUUCAUGCAGCAGAGGAGCUACAGGGAGAGCCUGGAGCAGGGGGCCCGCCGAGAACUCUAUGGCCAGUGCCCGCGGACUGUCUCCGACCUGGCUUUGCAGAACGCCUUCGGGGAGCGCUGGGGACCGUACCUGGCCGAGUAUGACUGGUGCUCCACCUGCUCCUCCUCUUCGGAAUCCGACAACGAGGGUUAUUUCCUGGGGGAGCCCAUCCCCCAACCGGCCCGUCUGCGGUAUGUCACCAGUGAGGAGCUGCUGCACAAGUACGGCUCCUAUGGCGCCCCCAAAUCCUCCACGUUGGGGAGCAGAGGACAGUUGCACAGCCGGAAAAGACAAAAGAGCAAAAACUGCAGCAUCUCCUAAUGUCGGUCCUGUCCCGCGGCUGGUGGGCGGGCAGGCGGAGGGUGGGCGGCGGGCGGGAGCUGAGAAUGUAUAUCCAUACACUUGCACUGUUUUCCAAUCGAAAGCGCUUUGACCUUGUUUGUCACUAAAGGCCCUGACAACCGAGAAGGAGGCAAGGUUAGGGAUCGGCUUCUACAGAUAGUCGCGGUUCUUGGCAUGGUGAAUAUUUGGUGUUUUUAUUAUUAUUAUUAAUUUUUUUUUGCACAUCUCACUUUGGAAACACUUUUGGCUGUCCCUUUGUCUGAGUGGUUGUGUUCCUUUCUCUCUGGUUCUGUGUUGUUACCACACUUAGCCAAUUACUUACUCCCCGCUUCUUCUUCCUCUCUCAUUUUUUAAGGACUCUUUUCCCCCCCAGUAAGUGAUUUGUUUAUCAGCCAGUACCCAAGACUAAGUUAUUUACAUGUCCAUUGUAAAUGCAAUGUAAAUGAGAGUUCUGAUAAAAAUAUUUUUGUAUUUUGUAAUAUCAGAGGAAUUUCUAUAUCCUAGGACUCAGUGGGAAAUUGCAUGAACAGCCAGCAUUGUCACGUAGAAUUAAAAGAUGGUUUCAGGCCAUCGGGUUUUUUUUUUCUUUCCCUUUUUAGAUUUCUAUAUAAAAUUUGUUAUAUAUCAGUGAGACAUUUUUUCAAAGGAGUAUAUACAUAUAUAUUGUGUGUGUAUAUUACAUAUAUAUACACAUACACACAUACAUACAGUUUGGCUCUCUGUGGCUGGAAAAUAAAAACAACACCAUAGAAACACGCAGCAUCUGAUGCUUUGUUCCAUCUAGAGGAGUCUCCGGGGUUUUAUUUACCGAAGUCUGCUCACACCCUCAGUAGAAGUUGCUUUCUAUCCAGCGAUAGUCAUUUUUGAAAAUUGCAAUUGUAACUUUCACCAAUUUGAGAAGCUAGCCAGUGUCAGUGAAGUCCAAUGAGAAAUGCCAUCUCCGUUGGGGACAUUGAGGUUGCUUCACAUUGAUCUAUUCCUUGGGGAUUUUUUUUUAAGUGUCCGUGGUUCCAUUGUGUGGUGUCUGCAUGGCCCUGUUCUGAGUGCGGUGCUAUUAUUUCCUGGAUUAUGUUAUCUGCUUUCCUUGACCAAGGCAGAGGGAGGACUGCCCAUAGACAACCCAGUAGCUUUGAAGCAAGUGAAUUCUAACUUUGGUAGCUGGAGGAAAAAGGACAUUCUAGCAGGUAGGAGGGAGUUUGAGGUGAUUUGUUCUCUAGGGGUUGUUCAUCCAAGGGCAAGGUAAAUUGUAAACAGGAAGCAUGUCAAAGGUAGAAACUUUAUGGGAGUUAGAGAGAACAGAAGAUGAAGCAAGUCUUUGACAGCUAACUGAGAUUCUACUGGGAGUAUCGCUUCCCUUAUCUCUCUCUCUCUCUCUCUCUCUCUCUCUCUCUCUCUCUCUCUCUCUCUCUCUCUCUCUCUCUCUCUCUGGUUUCAAUGUGGAAAUUUAAGGGUACCUCCCAGAAAAAGUGCCCAGUUUAGGAAAUCUUCAGUAGUCAAGGUAUCUGGCUCACCUCAACAGACCAAGAUAACUGGAGUUGGUAUAAUCCCAUUGGCUAUAAAAGGAAAAACCACUGAGAAGGAAGAUUUCCAACUGGAAGUUUGGGGUCAAAAGGCAAGGAGUGUGCAUUACUUAAAGAAGACAUUUGGGCUUGUGUUGUCUACCUUAAUACUAAUUUUCCUACUUUGAUUCCAUUAAAAAACAAACCACGGAGAAGCACCUACAUUGCUUCUACUCCUUUCUUAUCCUUCAUUGAUUGUGGCAGUUAAUAUAAUCCAACAGAGAACUGACAUUUAGUGAGAACUACAUUUAAGUGUGUUACACUUUGUAUCUCAUUGGUAACUGGCCUUGGUGAGGAGCACGUGAUGAUUUUCCAGUAUAGUACAUGCCUUUUCUUAGUAUUUUUCUUUUUAUUAAGAGGAAGUGAUAAGCAGAUUUUCAGAUCCCAUCCUACAUGGGUCUGGGGGAAGGAAGGCUUUAAUGGAAAUAUAUAUAUACAUAUAUAUAUGGCACUCAAUGCAGGAUAUAUGAAAAUAAUUUGCUUUUCAGGUAUAAAUAGAACAUUUGUCAUUGUCACUGAUUUUAAAAAAGCAAUGCAGAUGUUGGUCGUGGCAGUUUCCCGCAUGCUAUGUUUCAUAUCUAAGCGCUUUGUUAAUUAUCUGAGCCUCUGGAGAAUUGUGUUAUGUUUGUAUAAUAAGUUUGUAAACUGCUUGGCAAACUGAUUAAGAAAUAAUCUGCAACUCCACUCUACUAAGGGGCAGGUUUCUGGUAGAAAGAUAUGAUGUAUCUGGAGUUUUUAUAUCAUUGAUGGGAAUGAAAAGGAAUUUUUAAAAGGAGAGAAUUGAAGGAUUAUAGAGUAGCUGAGAAGUUGUCUCCUAUUUCCCUCAUCCCAACGAAAGAAUCUCUGUAACAUAGCCCCCUAACACCCCUUCAAAGUAUUCUUCCACUUCCCUUGCCAAAAUAAGGCUUUAAUCACUUUAUGUUCAUUGAAGAAGAAGAGACCUAGAAAUUGACAUCUAUUAAUUACCCCAAAGGGACAAGGCAAAAGAAGGAAGAGGUCAUCCCCAUAGUCACUUUGUUCUCUCACAUCCACUUUGGUUCAAUUAUUUUAGCUACUAGAGGUCCAGGUCUAUUCUGUAACCAUGGACAACCCCACCAGCUUUAGCAGACUGUUUUCUUCCAAAAUGCCACUGAUCAUGAGAGGGAGCAGGAUAACAGAGGGGAAGGUAGGGAAGAACUCAUGCCUGUUGUUUUACUAUUACUGGAAAAACAAAUCAAAGUAAACAUUCUCUGAAAAGCCAGGGAAUCCUUAGUAGGUCAUCAUCACAUAUGAAGCCAGCCUGCUAACUAGUAAGUAUUUAGCUUCAUAGACUUGAUCUCUCUAGGCAACUUCUCUCUUAAGUUGGGAGAGGAAGAGUUUGGGAUCCUUGGCUGAUGGACUACUUUAAAGAUCUGUAAUUCCAACAGUAUGGGCAGGUCCUCUACCAGUGCAGUGUGAUGCUCCUCUCUAACUCAGUAGAUGGUCUUUGAGAGAAGGUCAAUUCUUUGAGAGAAGGUAUGGCUGAGACAUUCAUCAUCUUUGAGACAACUCUGUGAUGAGUCCCUCACCAUUUAGCUUGCCAAUUCCUCAAACAGCAGAUGUGGGCCAUCCCUGGCUUCAUACCCAUGACUUUCCCAAUUUGGGCAGGACCUUCCAGCACUUGUAUCUCAUUUGUACAUCCUUUAAGAACCCAAAGUCAGUUCCAUGACUUGGUGAGAGAUUGAUGUAGGGCUUCUGUGGAAGUCAGACAUCAUGAUCAUCUCUUCAUAUUUGUUGAAGAAAUCCUGGGUCUGAGCCCUAUCUCUAGCCUCCUCAUAGACCUUUUGAUGUUCAAAAGGGCAUUUAGCCAUGGAUGGAUAGAUUGCAGUCUGCAUCACCGGAGGGAGCAUGCUUAUAACUAAGAUCAAAGCUCUAUCCUAGGGGAUUUAUUUUGAGAUGUUGCCCCUUUCUAUAUAGGUUUUGUUCAUUCACUCUUGCUUCUGAUCUCUUCUGUCUUACACAAACUUCAAAUAUGAAAUUUGGUUCACAUUCUUUUGCAGAUGAGUCCAACGACAAAGGAAUUGACCCUGUCCUAAUCCCCCUAAAUUUAAACAGCGAGACUUCCAGAACAAUUGUCUGAAUAGACAUAGCUGUAACUGAGACUUGAGAAGGCUUUGAAGAUCCAGAGAGUUUGCCCAAGUUGAUGAAGAUUUUACCUCCUAAGUCAUGGUGGGAGAGUAAAAUUUAUAGAAUACAACCAAACUGCUAUAGAAGUGAGGGUGAGAACUCUUUCAAACAUGUUAGCUGUCUUCUUAUUCUCACUCAAGAUGGUCUAUCUUUCUCACGUGGGAGAACUUACUUUUCCUGAUGGAAUUAGUCAUUUAGUCAUACCUCCUUUUGUUUUUUCUUGCACAGAAACACAGAAUUUUAGAUUCAGAAGGGACCUCAGUGACCAUCUUAACCCAAACUACACCCCUAAAAGAAUCCCCUCUGAAAGGCCCAACAAGUGAUUUUCCAACUUCUGCCAGAGGAUGUUGAAAAGAGGGAAAGUCACUACUUUUUGAGGGAGCCAAAUCCAGUAUCAGCUCAAAUUUUUGGAAAUCACUCCUGACCUCAAGCCUAAAAUUGUCAUUUUUCAACUUCUACCCAUUAUUUCUGUUCCUUCCCUGGAGGUCGGGGGCUGGGGGUGGAGAGGAGGGACAAUCUACCACCCCGAGUCUUCCUAUCUAUAGACCUAAUCACUUCUGGAAUGGUCACUGAAUGUGAAAAUGUAGGGAAGGGGAGAUAUCAUAAUAGCAAUACCUGGCUACCAGACUGUCAGUGGGGCAGGGGAAAGUGUCUCCUAUUCUCAGUUGCUUAUCUCCAUCUUCUCAUACGCCACAUCUUUAUCUAUUCACCCCCACUUAUCAGCCUAAUGCAUCCUUCAUCUUUCUACUCUGAGACCCAGAAGCAGUUUCUCUUGUUUCUAUGUCCCUGAAAUAGAGUAAGAUAUGCUAAUAAAGAGAUCCCCAGGAUCUUCCUGUUUUCUAGCCACAGCUUUGUGCUUGGAGGGUACUAGUGGCCAUGGUUGAGUUCAGUUUAUUAAGUGCCCUUAACUCAUGAGCUGAAAAUAAUACCAAAGCUACAGAGAUAGGAAUCAGCGGCAAGGGCAUUUUCAAGCUCAGCAAGCCCACAGAUUCUAGGGGAGCAUGGCUUUCUAGGCCUCACCAUGGAAACUACUUGGAUGCUCUCUUCUUUCCUUGUAUUUAUUGUCAACUUGUACAAACAAACCUUCUCUCACCCUCUUUCCUUUUUAUAAUGAUGCAUUGUGACUCUUCUAGUUCCUUCCUCAAAUAAGAAAAUAAGAUGAGAAAUAAGCAACAUGAGAACAAUGUGCUGGUUGUGUUUUCCUAUCAUCCAGGAAUUGAAAAGAAUGCCCUCAGGUCCAGGAAAACAUGAGUCUCCCAAGGCAGAGUAGAAAAUUGAGACAAUUACUUGGAUAAUUCAGGUCCCCAAAGUUAUUACUGUACCUUACCUAUAGCCAAUUGAAGAUGACAUUUGAAUUUAGGGGAGUCGUUGCCCAUGUACAUGUCAAAAGUAUUGGAAGUCAGUUUCAAAUGAUGUCUUCCUGGGAUGCUUUUGUUCAAGCCACAUAAGACUCAGCUAUGAAGGAGGUUUUCUAAUCCAGAUUGGCAAUCAACAAGUUGUUGGCCAUUCUUGAUGAUCAAUAGGGACUACAGCUAGUCAGGGUGAUUAGUUAAAAGCAGUAAUCCAAGUUCAGGGAAUUGGGUUUCUUUUCUAUUUCUUAAUAAAAUUCAGAUUAGUAACCCUAAUCAACACGAAAAUCCCAUAAAACGUGACAUUGUUGGGAGGUAUAAUGUUACAUAAACAUAUUUCUUGCCAACAAAACUAGAUUUCAGAGUGGGGAUGGGGGGUUGGGAAGGGGAAUGUUUGUAGUGUUAGGAAAAUAUUUCUGUGAUUUAGGGGCCAACCUGUAGGAUAGAAUGGUGUUUUGUUACCCAGGGUGGGGUAUGCAGAGGAUCGAUUGGUUGUUUAGGACAAAAAAAAGUUUACGUGGCCACUACCCCGUUGAAUGUUGGAAGGUGGACUCUGGAUUUGGGGUCAGGGGACCAAGUUUCACUGCUUACUACUUUAUGUUACUUUGGGCAAAUCACUUUUCUGGCCUUCAGUUUUCCAUCUGUACAAUGCUGGGCUUAAGCUAAAUGACCUCCGAGGUCCCUUCCAUCUCCGCAUCUGUGAUCCAUGCACAAACACUGCCACAUGAGCCACUGAUCACUCUCUCCUUAUCAGGGAAAUGAUUCUAGAGCAUGCCUAACAUCCACGAAGGUCGGCUUCCUCAGAAAAACGAACCCAUUCUCAGCAAAGAUCUUUUCCUCCUACACAUGUGGUUUGUUCCGUGGCCACCAGACCCUUUUACGAUAGUCAGUGGGACCCUAGCCACAAGUGCCCCCAGCUCGGUUGUAUUUCAAGGAAUAUAAAGUCUCCAUCUUCUUUAACCAAUUAUGACUUUGGCCUUUUUCCCAUCCUAAAACACACACAUUCCUUCAUGUUAAAGGAUUGUUUUUCCUCUCUCCUACUUUGAUUUCAAGGGCACAAACAAAACCUCAGAGAGACCAAGUAGGUGAAGUGGGCCUGAGUCUGUGCUGUUGAGUCAAAGACUGCCAAGCUCUUUGUUAAAGAAUGUGCAUUGGGCCUUUGGUGUGGGCUGUCUGCCAGAGACCGUCUGAACAUUUUGCUUGAGAUCUGUGCCCUGUAAAAUGGAUAUAACGUUUUACCAAUGUCUGUAAUACAUUUGUAAACUUCCAAUAAAAUUUGAAUCAAACAAACGAUGCCAUCUUUUCCCAUAUACCUCCAGUUUUCCAGAUUAUUACCAUAGAAUUUGCCUUUGAGCAUUGUGACCAAGAAGAGG